AUGCAACCUCACGAAGAUGCGGUCCAAACGCCUUCGCCGGUCCAGUCCCCCCCUCUUGCGGCCUCCUCCAUAAUGCGAUCUCUCUCCGGGUCCCAAAAGCCACGCCCCGGUGCCUCCUCCAUUCUUUUUUCGCCCACGACAGACCCUCUUUCACAGUCGGAACUCUCUUUGCCAAUACGCACAAGCAGUACGAGCCGUCGUCCCCAGUCCGCCUCGCUCUUUCGGUCUACCAUUCUCAACAACACCCCACCUGGCUCGCCGCGAGAUGCCUCCCCAGCUUCCACCGUACGGUCCACCCGAUCACCAGCCCGCACGAUGACAGGGUCAAUAUUCGCCGGAACAGCAGGGUUCAAAGCUUCGCUCCUCGAUACAGGGGCUGCUGAUUCUCCCGGAGACCCCCUGAACCUGGUGUUGAAGAGCUUCGUACCCCAUGUCGCAAUACACGCCAGUGAGGAUGUUGAUGAUCUGGUCAACGCAAAGGGAUUUGAGAAAGGGCUGUGGGAACUUCUUCGUCCAUUUGGGGAGCGGGUCAUGGGAAAGGUCAAUGUCAGGGAUAGCAACGGGGUAUCGAGAGCAUGGGAGGACUUCUCACUCAGAUUCACCAAGUUCGGCGAUCACUCCAACUUGCAAAUUCCAGAUGCGCUUGCUGGGUUGAAUGGGUCAGAAAAGCAGAGCGGCAGGGCGAAAGAGAGCCUGACAACGGAUGUAGAAAAAGUCGUGGAGCGACAUCUCAGUUUUGCCGAGGAAGCCUUCAGAGGGACGAUGGAGCCACAAACACCAACAAGGAUGGGAUUAGACGUGGAAGCAACGUCCCCGUACUAUGCCCUGUACCUUCGACGACUACUAUCUGGCAUGCCACUUGCGCCACAUGAAUCUUUCGCCCACCCAGUUGCUUGUGUUAUGGCCAUCAGCUCUCGGAAUCCAAACCCUAUCGAGGCUUUACACCGGCUUUACACAGAAACGAGAGAAGGGGAGAAGCGGUACCCCGUGUGGGUGGAUGGGGAAUACUUGCGGUAUUACAUUUUGGUGCAUGACGAAGAAAAUAGCGACAUCAGCAAAUCCAUGGCCCUUUUCGAGCAGAUGAAGAGAAAUUUCGGCUUACAUUGUCACUUGCUGCGACUAAGAAGCUCUGAAAGCGCUGAAACGGACGACGACAGCAUACCAUUACCAAGGAGCGACUGGAUGACGGCAGCUGAGGAACUGGCAGAUAUUGAGGAGAGCGAGACGAAAGAGGACUUUGAGGACCCGACGCGACACAUUUUCGAGUCAGAUGCUACAGCAAUACGGACGUUUGUCAGGGAAAUGGCAACACAAUCUCUGAUCCCAACCAUGGAGCGCAAUAUUUCAGUAUGGAACGAUCAAGUGGCCUCAAAACGGAAAGGAAUCAGCGGGCGAUUCAUGAGCUUGUCAAAAAGAUGGGCAUUCGGCGGCUCAAGUCGGUCAUCUGGGAUAGCAAGCUCAUCAAGCAAUUACGAUGCGUCGGGAUACUACAGACCAGACAGCCCGGAGGCUAUCAUGCGCCGAUUGGCAGACUUUGCUUUCAUGCUUAGGGACUGGAAGCUGGCCAUGUCGACAUAUGACCUCUUGCGGACUGAUUUCCAAAACGACAAGGCCUGGAAAUACCAUGCGGCCGCCAAUGAAAUGGCAGCUUUUGCUCUGCUUAUCAUGCCACAGAACAUGUCAUCCAAAACCCGCAUCGAGACAAUCAAUCAGAUGCUUGACAACGCGUUUUAUUCCUACCUGACACGAUGUAAUUCAUUGUAUGGAGCCACACGCUGUAUAGUACUCGCUCUAGAAUUGUUGCGGCUCAGAGGUGGGUCGGGGAUAGACGAGGCUGUCAGAUGGGGUAUCAAAGUGCUCGAGUCGAGGUUAAUGGGCAAGAUUGGCGACGCACUGCUCAAGGAACGUAUGGCAAUCUGCUACGCCUCCAAGUCAGGGGCUGGGUCUCAAGCAUGGGGUAGCAGGCGGCGCAAGUCGGCCCUCUGGAGCGUGCUCGGUGCUGAAGCCUGGGUCGCUCAGGAAAAGUACAUCCAGGCCCAAAAAUGCUUGAACGAAGCCAGAAAGAUGUAUUCGCUGCUGCCAGGGGAAAACGGGAUCCAGAGGUUCGAGGUGGCAAGCGACUUUUUGGCCAUGUUGAAUGAUCAGGUCAAACAAGGGUUGCAGGUUGACUUAUUAGGGCCCGAGGAGAGCUUGGUAGAUGUGGAGGAAGAGACCUUUGAUCAUGACGAUAGACGGACGAGGAGGACGAGCAUGAUCAAUCCUCUUGGAGGGGCGACCGCUGCUGGAAUGGAAACGGCGCCUUUGCAGAGUCAGGGAGAUGUAAGCGGCCCAAUUAAGGACGGGUUUGGUUAA